AUGGCUGCGAGAACCACGCUACGUCGUCUACCAAGAAACCAUUUGCAAUACCGAUUAUUCAGCAGCAGAAGAGGCAAAGAAUGCCAAGAGACGUUACUGGAGAGAGCCGAGACUCUCAUUGCGGAGCAAGAGGAGCGGCAGCACGACCCUGUUUGGCAGGCCAAUGCUAGGGACACAGUCCAGAACCUGGCUGCUUGGGGAAACAGAUACAGCGUUUACGCAUUCUUUCACCUGGUUCCCUUCCUGGACAUGGAUGAUAGCCAAGAUGACCAGAUCAACACAGAGCUGAUGAAUCAACUAUUGAGAAACUGUUUUUUUUUACAAAAAAACAGAGUCAUGGCAAACGGCACCAUCAUUUACAAGCUGUCAAACGUCAGGGACAGGAUUCCGCCAAACCAGGAAACAAUUGCGUUGCUCCUGGACGAUAAUCAUGCGAGUGAAAUGAAGAUUGCAGAAAAUUGCCAUUGGAUUUUGACGCACUUUGAACAGGACGAACAAAUACAUUCUAUUAUCCAAGAAUGCAAAGAAAACGUAACUGUUCAAUUGCUUGCGAGACGAGAUACUCUCAGCGUAGCUAUUGCCAAGGCACGGCAACUAGUGGAGGGACACAACAUGAUGAAGAUACACAAUGAUACCUUUAUGCUCAUUUUGACGCUGGCUUUGUCAAACAAAGAGGAGGAGGAUGAAGUCAUUUCCUUCCUGAAAUGGGCCAGUAACCAGUAUGAACGCGGAAUGAUUCAAGUCCAUAUGCCAUCGAUUGCCCUGUUUGUGACUACUGUCACAUCGGAUAGCCUUUGGCAGCAGGAGCAACCAGAUCGGUUGCUGGAUGCCUUGUCGUCGAUUGGAAGCAACGUCGUCAGCGAACAUCCGACAGUGGACGAUUACACCAGUGCUAUACGAAUCUGGGCGUCGACAGGACACACCGAAACUGCAAUGGCGUUGUUGGAUUACAUGACCGAGACUGCGUCGAUUACUCCCAACCUCAACUGCUGUAACGCGUUGCUUUCUGUGCUGGCGAACUCCAAGGAAGCAAAUGCAGGACCGUGGGCGAGUCAGCUGCUUUCCAAAAUGACAGAAUCGUUCGAUUUGACGCCAAAUUAUGCAUCCUACCGUCUCGCCAUUCAAAGCUGGGAAAACUCACCACGACGACAACACCCGAGAGGGCCAGGGGUAGGAGGAAAACAGGUCCUCAAAACAAUUCUUGAGAUGGCCGAGCAUGCGAAAGAGGAACGUUGGUCUCACAGACAGCCGGAUAGAUACGUCUUUUGGGAUGCAGCUUUUGCCAUUAUGAAAUAUGACCUGACAAAGCUCGAAGAGUUCCAAGACUGGUUCGAAGCGGAGGCUAUUGAUGGGAAUCCCGAGGCCGUUAUAUCGGGAAAUGUUUACAUCAGAUGGAUAGCUACCUUUAAGCGCUCACGUAGUACUAGUGGCACGGAGAAGGCGGAGAGGGCAAUGUCAAUUGUUGAGCGCAUGAAACGCAUGAGUCGUAAAGGGCUGCUGAAGUCAUUUCUUUCACCAGACAUGUGCCGUGUGGUGCUUGGAUGUUUGCAGGAGUCAGAGGAACACGAUGCAGCAAAAUUCAUCUCAGAUACCAUUGCGGACCUCGAAAAGACAGAGCACGAUGACCAUGGCAUCAGGCUGUAUACAAGUGCGAUGAUUAUGUUCUCUUCAAUUGGGGAUGCACCCCGAGCUGAGGACAUGAUGGCAAAGCUCCACAAUGCGGUACAACAAUCACAACCUGAAACACGCAGCCGGCCUGAUGCCACGGACUACAACGAGGUGCUGACUGCAUGGUCGCGAUCACCAGCACCCAGGGCCGCGGAGAGGGCAGAGGCAAUAUUCGAUCACAUGACGAGGCUCCACGGAACGCACCUCGACAAUUCAUUGCCAAAUCAAAAUAGCUAUGAAAUCCUGCUGAAGUGCUGGGAAAAGUCCGAGCUCCCAUUUGCCGAGGAACGAGCCUUGGAGGUGAAACGAUCUCAAAUGCGCUACCACAAACAAAUAAUGCAGAAGAGCCAACAGUGA